CUCCAGCGCAAAGGCGCCGCUUGUGGUGGUCUCCUUGGCUCAACAUCUAAACAAUGAUUACGCUACUUGAGUUGCUGAAAAGUUGCUGAAAAUGACUUGACGUGGCCGUACUUCGGAUAGUCGCGUCAAACUAUGUAAUACUCGAAGGACAUUUUCCGACUCUAAUCCGCUUUGGACGUCUUUGUUUGUCCGGGAUGAGAGGCGCCAGUGCUGAGCCUCUCACGCCGAUUUAAGUAGCAGACAGACAGUGGCGCUGAAGCCUUCAGCAUGAAGAAAUUAUUCAGCUUCUCCAAGAAGAAACAGUCGCCGUGCCGUACGCCUGACCGAGGCAACGCGCUCACUGCUGGCUACGACGUGAAAGAAAAGGACCUGGGCAAGUUUCACAAGGCUGCCUGGCGAGGAGAUGUGGCCAAGCUGGAGCACCUCGUCAAAAGCAACGAUGUCAACCAGGCUGACAAGCACAACAGAACAGCCCUUCACCUCGCUUGUGCCAGUGGAAAUGCUGAGGUGGUGAGAUUUCUCAUGGAGAAAAAAGCUAAGCUCAGUUUAUGUGACAAUCAAAAUAGGUUCGCUUUAAUGAAGGCAGUACAAGGUCACCAUGAUCUGUGUGCUAAGAUUCUACUGGAAAACCAUGCUGAUCCCAACCAGGUCGACACAGAGGGAAACACAGCUUUACAUUUGGCCUCAAGCAUCCCGGCAAUCUCCACUGUUGUCACCCUGGUGGAUCAUGACGCUGACAUCAACGCACAGAACAAGGAAGGCAUUUCACCACUGUCUGUGGCAGUUCAAGAGAACCACAUAGAAGUGGCCGAGUUUCUCUUGAAGAAAGGUGCUGAUGUCAAUGUUUUGGACCGAGAUCAAAGGUCGCCAUUAAUGAUAGCUGCCGGGAAUGGGCACAUCGGCAUGGUACGAAUGCUCCUGCAGUUUCACGCAGAUAUUGCUCUGAAGGAUAACGAAGGAAAAUCAGCUGAGGACUAUGCAGCCAUUGAAGGGCAUCAUCCCUGUGCCAUCCUCAUUAGUGAGCACCAUGCCCAAAGGAACCAGGCGGCCUCUCUGUCUCAUCCAGGUCCAAGUAAAAAUAAGUCAAAAUCCGAGAUGGGCAACACAUCCCGAGCCCUUGAAACUGGCUUCUCUGUGGGAAGACCAGCCAUCGACAAAGAUGAUUUUGAGGAUAAUUCUCAAGCAGAGUCACUAAGCCAGAUGUCAAAAAAGGGUGGCACUGAUGAAUGGGCUUCAUCUGAGGAUGACUGUGAGUCACCUACCGCUGAAAAGACCCCACAAAAAAUGAAUCUUAGGAAAAUGCUUGAAUCUAAAAGAGGAAAAGCAGAGAGUCAGUCGGAACCUGCGAAGAGCAAACGUGGUCCGAUAGAUCAGCUGUCAGGAAGUCAAUCAAGCUUAGAAUCUCAAGCCCAGAGCUCGGAAGGUGAGGGUUCUGAGGAAGAAUAUGAAGAUGAAGAAGAAGAAGAAGAAGAAGAGGAGGAUGAAGAUAAUGAGGAAAGUGAAGAGAUAGAUGAUGAUGAUGAAGAUGAUGAUGAUGAUGAUGAAGAAGAAGAAGAGGAGGAGGAGGAGGAGGAGAGUGUCCCUGACUCUUGUUUUGCCCCUGUUCAUUCAAACACUUCUUCUUCGGAAGACGCACAAAAACCUUCCCCUCUGGAAGUCGAUGUUGAUAGUUGGAAAACUCAAAACAAACAGAGUUCUGAUCACAUUCCCAGUAACGAUGAUGUGGUUGAACCUCCACAGAGUUAUUCAGAAGCAUCUGGAAAAUCAUGUUCUCAGAUGCUGCGGUCGUUGGAUGUGGACCAGGAUUUGGUCGUGUCAGCCAUUAGAGUGGAAUCCAAAUAUUCCGAUGAGGAUGACGAAUUAAUGUUGGCACCGGGUCAAAAGAUCAUUUCAAACCUCAUCAAGAGGCUUGGUGCACAAAAGGCAAAUGAGGUUGAGAUAGAAGAAUUGGAAAAGAUGCAUAAUGAUGAUGACAAACAAAAGACCCUUCAGGACGAUCCCCAAACAAGUAAAAAAAAUAUGCUGGAAGAAGGAAAAAAUAGAGACAGCGAACCCGACACUGAAUGUGGUGGUUCAAAAAAGGAAAAACCCAGAUCACCAUGGGGCUCCUCCAUGGAGAGCACAGACAAUGACGGCUGUAAGGAAAAGGACAUCAUUCACAAAACCCCCAGUCCAAAAGGUGACAAACCUGCAUCACCAAUAGACAGCUGCUCACUGCCAAUAACAACCAAUGAUGAACAAAUAGCCUUUGACAAAAUGUCUCCAACUUGCUCUCCUCCGUCCAAAAACAGACUGUCUUCAGCAGAAUCCGACUGGGAUUCUCCAUCUGAAAAAGACGAGGGACCAGUUGCCGGAAGAAAUUCAAAUGUGGCGUCAGAGGAAGAGUUGGGUGGACGCUCUCUGGCAUCCAAUGAUAACGGCAGGCCUAAAACCCUCAAUGAAAACACUACCAGAAACCGAAUACAACCAUCCAAACACUCGGUGGGCCAACCAGCUGAUGAUGAAAACGAGCUGUCGGAAAAAGGGAAGGAUUGUGUGCCUCUUCAUAAUCCUUCCAGCCCAGCUAGUUGGCUGCAUUCCAUAGCUCGAAAUUCAUUAGACAAAAUGGUAGACGAAGAAGAGACUCGCUCAAAACUCGCAAAGGUGUGCGUCAAGUUCAUCACCGAUGGUGGUCGUACAUCUCCGCAAGGCGGGCCUACAAAUCCUCACACAGAAGAGUCCUUACAAAAAGAAAAAAUGACCGAUCUUCCGUCCAGCAAAAUUAACGUCGCUGGUGGUCUGUCAGACACAAGUGUGUUUUCAGAACCGUUGCCUCACACUGACAUUGACGAUGUUGAUUUGGACUCAUCCAAUGAGAAAGAGGAAGACGAGAAUGAUGCUAGUGAAGAGGACCCAGACAGUGGUGAUGAUGAUGACAACGAUGAGGACCGAGUGGAGGAGGAGGAAGAGGAGGAAGAAGAAGAGGAGGAGGACGUGGACAUCUCAGAUGAUAAACUUGAAGGAAGAAGAGGCCUGGACUGUGCAGCUGAUCAUGUUGCGGAAAAAAGAGAUCUUUCUAGAGAUAUGAAAAUUGAUGUUUAUUCCGAGGUGGGUCUCGAGAAGGAAGAGCAAGAGCCGGGGUCUUGGGUUUCUGAGCAUGAAGACUGCAGUUUGCCACGGGAAGAUAAACAAAGCGAGGAAGCACAGAAUACGUCUGGAGAGAAGAUGGAAGAAGACUUGUUAUAUAGUUCCUCAUUUUUACGAGGGGCACGAGGCGGGUGGAGGCCCGAACCUUGGUGGAGUAGAGGCAGACUAAGAGGCAGCCUGGGAGUUGGCCUUGGUGCCGUUGGUCCUGUUGCUGAAAAUAAAUACAGUGCGGAUACCAGAGGUGUUCAGAAAGGGAAUCCUACACAAAGAGAGAGUGAGAAAACCAAAUGGGGACUGCUUUUGAGCAAAUGUGAAGGAAAAGGCAAGGAAAAAACAGAUUUGAUGGAAGAACUUGGUUUGGGAGAUUUUGACUAUGCUGAAGAUGCAUCAGACUGGGAUACAUCUAGCAAUGCUAGUAAGAAAAGCCUGCCGCGAUGCACAGAGACCGCUCCUGCACCUGAGGAAUUCCAACAAUCCUCCAGAAAGGAGAAGCAGGUCGAUGUGUCUCCAAAAACGCCCGUUGCUCCUCCGAGGAAAAUCUGCACGGACGAGAAACAGGUCGCAGCUCCUCAUCCCCAGCCUCGUUCCAAGAAGACGGUGCCUCAAGAAUGUGACAUAUCUGAUUUGGACCAAGACAAUUUAACUGGCAAUCAGCAGCUUCAGGAAGCGGUCAGAGAAGGGUCCCCUGAAGUCUCAACAAUGGCAGAGGGCAUGAAAAGUAAUUUGCAACCUGACAAACAGCAAGAAGAGGAAAAAGAUGAUGCCUUUGAGUCAUGUGACUUGAAGCCAAGUCACCCACACACAUACGGCCUGAUGGUUGUUGAUGGGGGAGGCGGCGAUGUGAUUAUAGAUCAACAAAGUCGAGAGGAAAGGAUUAUUGAUGAUGUUCUGCCGGAGACCCAGUAUGAGAAGCUGUGGGAAGAAGUGGAGAAAAAGGAAGCAAAGCCCUUCAGGUUUGAAGAGGAGUUCAAAUCAGAAGGUGUCAUAGAGUCGUCCUCUGCUGAAGAACAGUCAAGCGAUGAAGUCAGUCAACACCCUGCAGCUCGAUCAGGGAGGCUGGUCCUCCUUUCUGUUCCAGAACAGAGGGAGUCUGCAUCAGAAGACUCUACGUCGGAGUCCGCUGACUACUCACUGAACGAGGAAAAUAUUUCAGACCACUUCCCUGCUCGUGGGAGCACCGUGUUAGAAAAUGCAGAGGAACCCCUCCAUAGUGAGGCACUACGCGCCCACACAGCAAAGGAGGAGAGCAUCGUAGACACUGCUGGCCAGAAUAAACCUAGGCUUUGUCACAGCCGGCAACUAAAAGAACCCAAGAAGAACCGCACCAGCUCUGAAAAGAACCCUCAAGAAUUUGCCAAUUCUCAGCCGAGCUGGCCAAGCAGAGAUUCUGGCUGUUUCCCUGUUGUUGCCCAUGAAGACUUUAAAGAGGAGGUUGAAAAGUUGAAACUGGAAGUCCAGGAAGAGGUUGUCAAAGAGACUCCCAAGGCUGCUGUUUCAGUGAGAAAAUCCAUUGCUUCCAGUACAGGUGGAAGUGCAUCAGAGGGGUUUGCUAUUAGGAAACCCGAGAUCGGGUCAGCGAGCCCCAAAGAGACGUCAAGUCAAACUGAAACCUCCCAACAAAGACAGAAGCUGCUUAUCUCAGACAGCAGUACAUUGAUGGAAUCCCAACCCUCACAUCAGCGGCCAUCCGGUAUUAGCAAGCCUGUAGAACAGGCCGUAGAGGACACCUCACAGCUGGCAGGAGGAAGCAAGACCCACAGAUCCAGAACCCCUCAGACCGACGACAGGGAGCUCUCCUUGUUUGACGACAGCACUCUAAGUGACAUGUCGGACAAUGAAGGACGGUUUAAAACUGCAGAACAGAGGAAAAAACAGCAAUCAGAAGAAAUUGAGAUGUCUGAAGAUAUUGACGAGCUCAAUUCGUCAUCUGACGUGACCACAGAUGAUUCAGACUUUCACGCUUCAGACCAUCGUUGUAGCUCCCUCUUCAUUCAGAAUCUGGACUCACUUGCGACAGCUAUGCUUUAUCCCUCAGAUUCCAGGAGCAUGGUGAAGCUGCAGAACAUUUUCCACAAAUAUGAGCGCUCCAUUCAGAAGGCCAAAAGCCAUCACGGUUACUUCGCAGACAAAGUGAGCCUUCUGGAAACGGAAAAGGCGCAGCUAAGGAACUCUCUGGAUGAAGUGAAAGAUAUUAAAUCGGCUUUGGAGCGCAACCAGCUGGACUUGCAAACAGAAGUAACCAAUCUCAAAUUUCAGCUAAAACAGGAGCAAGAAAACGGCCGUAAUGCCACCAUGAUGUAUAACACCACAGGAGAAAAGCUGAGGAGGACAGAGGAGCAGCGGCAGGUAGAGGUUCAGGAGAGACAGAAAGUGGAGCUGGCUCUUAGGAACUUGGAGCUGGAGAUGCGAAUACUAGUCAACAACAAGAAGCAGCUUGAGGAGGACAACAGUCAGAACCAAACGCUGUUGGCCCAGGAGCGCAGCGCACGCACAGUGCUGGAAAAUCUGCUCAACAGUCAUAUGCGCAAGCAGCAGGAGAUAGAAGAGGAGAACAAAAGAAACAUAAGCAAAAGCCAUGAGGCAUUGUCUCAGCUCACGGAGGCCAGCGACAGGGAGCGGGAGCUGCUCCAGCAGAUUUCUAUAUUUCACGAGCAGCUGAGCACCCUCAGAACAGACCUUGAGAAUUCCCAGGCCAACAGCAGCAUCAAGCAGAGAGACCUCCAGGAGGAGAAUAAGGCCCUCAAGGAAAAACUUGAAGUGGCCCGGCAAGCUCUCAAAGUCAACGGCGACACACUCAACCAAACCGUCUUGGACUUCAACAACCAGACGGCCACCAUGAAGUCGGAGUUGACGAUCACCGCGACCCACCUGGAGAAUGAGCGUCAGGCCCGCGAGACCGUGGUGGCGGAGUUAGUGUCUGUUCGUGCUCGCCUGACCGUGGCACUGCAGGAGGCCGAGCGCUCCAUGGCAGCUCGGUCGGAUGCAGAGAAAGCUCUGCUCCAGGAGAAGGAGGAACACCAUCGUCUUAAAGACAGACUCUCAAGUGAUGCAUCCAAUCAGUACGAAGCAGUCAGCAGCCUCUCUCAAAAGCUGUCCAAGGCAGAGGCGCAUGCAAACAGUAUGGAGAACGAGGCCCAUCGGAUCAUGCUGCAGUUGUCUGAGAAGAACCUCCUGAUGAACACUGUACAGCACGAGAGCGACCAGACAGCCGCACGUGUUAAAGAGCUGGAGGCCGCUUUGAAGGGCGAGAAGGAGCUGGUCGCUCGGGCCGGAGCACGUCAAGAGGCCACGCAGGAGCGCUUAGCCCAAGCGCAGAGUGAAGGCAUGUUGCUACGGCAACAGCUGGAGGAGGCCCAAAACAAGGGUGUUGCAAAGGAGAACGCUGUGACAGAUGCCCAGAAGUCUUUCAGUGACAUUUUGUCCAAGCUUCGCUCCGACUGUGAGGACAGAGUACAACUCGUGCAGGACCGGAAUCAGGAUCUGGCCACAAAAGCUUCUGAACUUCGAGAACAUAUCCACCAAUUACAGGAGGAGAAAAAUGAAAGAGAGGCAAGUCAGAGGCAGCUGCAGCAGGAGUUAGCAGACUCAUUAAAGAAGCUGUCGAUGUGCGAAGCUUCUCUGGAGAUCAACACACGCUAUCGUAAUGAUUUGGAGGAAGAAAAGACUCGGCUCCUUAAAGACAUGGACAACCUUAAGGCAAAGAUGGAAGAAAGAGAAUCCCUAUGCCUUCAAGCUGAGAAACAAGUGAACGAUCUAAGGUGUCGUCUGGAUGAACGAGAGAGAGAACUCAGCACUGCCGCUCAGAAACUGCAAGGGGCGCUGUCUGCUGCGGCUGCCUCCGAUGCUGCCGUCAAACAGCUGGAAGAGGCUGUGCAAAGGCUGGAGAUAGAGAAUGUCAAGCUGGAGGCCGCUGCAAAGCAACAGUCUAACAAACUUGAAGCACUUCAGAAAGGUUCUCAGGAGGAGGCAAGACUGUCUGACAGUGCAAAUGGAGGAAUGGUCAGAGCUCAUUUGGAAGAUUUGGUGACCAACCUACAAAGUAGUAAGAUGACAUUAGAGGACCAACUCAGUAAAGAGGUGCAAAAGCAAGGUGUAUUGUCCAACAGUGCCCACGACUCUCAGGUCAUGUGGGAGGAGGAGCUAAAGAGCCGCUCUAAGCUAGGACUGCGUCUUGCGGAGCUCGAAAAGGCAAAAGUAGAACUUAGCAGCCAGGUGGAAAUAGAGAAGAAGAAAGCCAAGAAAGUAGCAGAGCAAAAGAAGGCUGUCGAUUCCCGUCUGAAACAAGAGAUGGAGAGAAACACAGAGCUUCAAAAGGAAAUGUACAGGCUACGGACUCUGCUUAAAACUGCAAAGAGGAGGCUGCGGGAUCAGGACAGAGGUGGUGGCAGAGGAGGUGACUUUGCCUCUCCAAUGAGUAGUCUAAAGAUGGACCUGGGAAGACAUAGCCAGGCCGAUGGAAGGAGGGAAAAAGUGCGAGACCUGCAGGGGGAGCUAGAGAGGGAUGUGUUCCAAGGCAGCCUGUCGGAGAGGAGGCUGUUGGAAGAGGAGGUGCACAACCUCAAACACAGAGUGGAGGCCUCCGAGGUGGAGCAGAGGCAGAUGGAGCAGUACCGUCGGGAGGUGGAGGAGAAGGCACGACAGGAAAUACAUCUGAAACUACAGGAAGUCAACUUCUUCCUGCAGUCCCAGGCGGCGACCCAAGAGGCACAGGACCAGAUUAAAGCGGCCAAUGAGGUCAGCCUGCACUUGAAGAUCCAAGAACUGGAGAGCGAAUUGAACCGAGCCCGAACCAUCCAACACGACACCGUCAGCCUGAGAGAGUCCACGCGCACAGAGCUGGAACGGUUCAAAGAACUGUACAGAGAGGAGCAGAAGCUCCGCAAGUCCCUGUCUGCCGAUCUAAAAAGGACGAACUAUCAGCUCACAGAGGCCAGUUCCAGGUUGGUCAACGAGCAUGACACAUCUCUCAUCACCUCCCCGGGACCUGGACCACCACUGUCUGGAGUUGUGUGCUCCCUGGGGGCCCCAUACAGGGGCCUUGCCUCAAGGCUCCUCAGCCCUCUGGCUGAAGGACAAAGCAGCAGUGUGGAGGACUACCUUGCCAUGAUGCAGCGUCAGUUGGACAGAAGCAUAUCAAGGGAACUAAACAAAGCCUCUGCGGAACUCGACGUCUCUUUGGCCCGCAUGUCUCCAGUGGGCUCUGCGUCGAGGGUGGAGCUGGACCCCGUUAGCAGAGCAAAGCAGCAGUACUUGGAGGUCGUGAAGAAGAACCACGAGGUCUAAGAAACACUAGAGAUGUCCCAGCAGUACCAAGUUGAGGUAGAAAUUACUGAGAACUUCAGCGUGUGUACUGAAUAUCCACAUCUGACUGGGAUUUCACCACUGACCUCACAGGGGGAUUGUUAAAUAGAAAUGACAUAAGGUACAUCCCACAACAGUGUAUAUCUGUACAUAGGAGCUUUAAGUACUGUCUGGACCAAUCAAGAACAAACAAACCAAAUGCACAUUGCACUUAAGCACUCAGGAAGUGAGCACAUUGCUCAGCCACACUCUUAAACCCACAAUCUAAUGCACAGGUUAGCCACCGCCCAAAAAUCAGGAAAAUGAAAUGCUGAAAAACAGUUUAACACUAUAUCUCCACAACUGUGUACUACAUAACUGCUGAAAAUGUGCAAAGACUGGGCGUUAUCUUCAAACAUGUAUACUGUAUUUACAAACAAAUCUCUGCAUUCACUUUACAGGGUUCAAGAUACACAAAAUUUUAUGAACUGCAUUUUUGAUUAUGGAUUAGAUUUUUACUGUACCUAAUGUUGUGGCUGAUCAGUGUAUGUUGUAGAGUACACUGUAUUUUGCAUCAAUCAAGGGACUCACAGAGAAGUAUUAAAUCAACAUUCAGUUUUAAUCAGCAACAUACACUAUAUGUAUUUGAAUUUUAUCAUUCUUUCUUUGAAUCUGUUGAUGUUUUUUGUUUGGUUUGCCGUCCAUCAUUGCUCCGUGCCAUCAAAUGGGGACGUUUCUUUCUUGCUUUAAAUUUUAGGUAUAUUUAAUUUACACGAUGUAUGGGUCAACAUAAUUAUUUCUUAACGAGCCUCUCCCAAGGUAACGAUAUAUUCUUGUCACUAAUUUCAGUUGUUUUUUUUGCAACACUCUCACAAUUUUUCUUUCUGCAACCCUGUACAGUUGAGUAAGAAUGCCUGGGAUGUUUGUGAAUCUUGUCUAUCAAAAGGACUGGAAAAUAAAACUUUAAAGCACGUAGCUUGCUGUACAUUUCAGGAAAUGAAGUCACAUGAGAGAGCCAAUAAAAUGAAAUUUGAUUGAAAUGUUCCAAAAAGGGUUUAAAAAAAGUCUUAAACAUGGCCUUCUUAAAUCUUCUGAUACCCUGAAGACGGACGGACGGGUUGUAGUAAAAGAGCAUCUGGGUGACAGAACAUAAAUAUUUACAGCUGACCUACACUGCUGAAUUACUGUACAUACAGUAUAGUGUUUGUGUACUUUGUUUAUGACGUGCACUGAUUGCAGGUGUCUGAUUCUCAUGAUGGGAAAAAAAGCAUCUUUCCAUCAAUGUUUGAUGUUAUUUAUUGGCCCCUCAUUAGUUAUAUUUUGAUAUGUUUACUUUGUACCAGCCCACCCUCCCUCAUUGUAAAGGCACAAAAGUUGAAGGUAUGCGUCGGUGAAGAACCUAUUCCCCUCACUUAUUCAAAUGACACAAUGCACUUGUGAUUGCCCCCCCCCCUCCCCACACACACACACACACACCACACACCCCUCUGUCUUUUCCUCGCUUUGAUGCUCACAUUUAUUUUAGUUUCCUUUGCAGCAGAUGGGUACAUCUGACAGACUGACUAUUAAGUGUGAUUAUUUCUCUUUCCUCCCCCCAAUUGAUGCCACUUCACACACUACAUGUAAAGCUUGCUUUGAUUGAGGAGGUUACAAACAUCAGAUUUACAUGUGGCCAAGAAUACAAAUAGACACAUGAUGAAUAAAAAGGCGGAGAG